GCGUUCUUGAGCAGCUGAAGGUGAAGCAGCUGGUUGUAGGUUCGACGUGCUCUGCUGCUGCCUCUAACAGCAGCACCGCUCGUGUCGCCGCCGUCGUGUGGAUCAGUUUGUCUAACAGGAGUUGCGAUGCUGCCGCAGAGAAGAGAAACACUCGAGCUGACAGACAGAUCUAAAUGCCCAGCGCCCCUCACCUCUGCUAAAUGCAGUCAUGUGUGAAAUUGAUUUUGCCAUCAUUACCACCCCAGCCAGCAAUGCUAAGGGGGCCCCAAUUGGGGAAAAUGUGGGCUAUGUGGGUAUCGAGUGGGCAUGGGCUUAACUCGGGCAAAUUUUGGAGGCCCCAUUAGGUUUUGCUCACAUUGGCCCCAUGCUGGCUCCCCACAUGGGGUACCUGAAAGGGACCUGCAAGGGAUCCAUGUGGGCUACCUGGGCAUGGGAAUUAACUGGGUAAAUCCAACUGGGUCCCAUUUAGUUAGAAUACAGUGGGGCCCAUGCGUGAAGCCCAUGUAGGUUGGCCAAGUGAGACCCAUAUGGGUUACAUGAGGGCAAAAUAGCCUUGGGCUCCAUCUGGGACACACUAUGUGAGACCCAAAUGGUUUGACUUACUUGGGUGCCACAUGUGGAGCCCUCAUGGGCCACCUAUAUGGGCCCAAUGAAGUGUCUAGGUGGGCUUACAAGACCUGGUUUAUAACUGGGACACAGUAUGUAGGGCCCACAUGGUGGAGCUUACAUGGUUUUCACAUGAGCAGCCCUAAUGGGCUAACUACAUAGGGCCAUUAAAGAGACUAGGUGGGCGAAGAAGACUUGGUCUUCAUCUGGGAUACACUAUGUGAGACCCAAAUGGUUUGACUUACUUGGGUGCCACAUGUGGAGCCCUCAUGGGCUACCUAUAUGGGUCCAAUGAAGUAUCUAGGUGGGCUUACAAGACCUGGUUUAUAACUGGGACACAGUAUGUAGGACCCACAUGGUAGAGCUUACAUGGUUCUCACAUGAGCAGCCCUAAUGGGCUAACUACAUAGGGCCAAUGAAGAGACUAGGUGGGUGAAGAAGACUUGGUCUUCAUCUGGGACACUCUAUGUGAGACCCAAAUGGUUUGACUUACUUGGGUCCCACAUGUGGAGCCCUCAUGGGCCACCUAUAUGGGUCCAAUUAAGUGUCUAGGUGGGCUAACAAGACCUGGUUUAUAACUGGGACACAGUAUGUAGGACCCACAUGGUAGAGCUUACAUGGUUCUCACAUGAGCAGCCCUAAUGGGCUAACUACAUAGGGCCAAUGAAGAGACUAGGUGGGUGAAGAAGACUUGGUCUUCAUCUGGGACACUCUAUGUGAGACCCAAAUGGUUUGACUUACUUGGGUCCCACAUGUGGAGCCCUCAUGGGCCACCUAUAUGGGCCCAAUGAAGUGUCUAGGUGGGCUUAGAAGACCUGGUUUAUAACUGGGACACAGUAUGUGUGACCCACAUGGUAAAGCUUACAUGGUUUUCACAUGAGCACCCCAAUGGGCUAACUACAUAGGGCCAUUGAAGAGACUAGAUGAGGGUUGUAGAUGUGGUCUGUAUCUGGGAAACUCUAUGAGGGGCCUAUAUGGUUUGACUUACAUGGGUGCCACAUGAGGAGCCUUGGUGGGCUAACUAGAUAGGGCCAAUGAAGUGUCUAGGUGGGUGAAGAAGACUUGGUCUUCAUCUGGGACACACUAUGUGAGACCCAAAUGGUUUGACUUACUUGGGUGCCACAUGUGGAGCCCUCAUGGGCUACCUAUAUGGGUCCAAUGAAGUAUCUAGGUGGGCUUACAAGACCUGGUUUAUAACUGGGACACAGUAUGUAGGACCCACAUGGUAGAGCUUACAUGGUUCUCACAUGAGCAGCCCUAAUGGGCUAACUACAUAGGGCCAAUGAAGAGACUAGGUGGGUGAAGAAGACUUGGUCUUCAUCUGGGACACUCUAUGUGAGACCCAAAUGGUUUGACUUACUUGGGUCCCACAUGUGGGCUAACCAUAUAGGCACAGAGGAGAGUCUAGGUGGGAAUUUUAGACGUUGUUUUCAUCUGGGAGUGACUUUGUGGGACCCACAUUGUUUGACUGACAUAGCUACCACAUGAGAAGGCUUCUUGUGUUAUAUGUAGACCCUAUGAAGACCCAAAGUGGACAUUUAUGACCAGUCUUUAAAUAGUACAAUGUAUGUGGGACCCUCAUGAUUUGAAUCGCAUGGUUACUUCACAAGAAGACAUCAUAGACUAUAAUGUUGAAUUCCACUUGUACAUUUUUCAUACUGUAAAUACUUGUUGAUACCUCAUACUGCUAUUUAUUCCACAUUGCACAUUGUAUAUACACAUGUAUACCAGCUAAAGCACUCUGGAUGGAUGCAAACUGCAUUUUGUUGCUCUGUACCUGAGACAUGUGCAAUGAAAAUAAAGCUGAAUUCUAUUCUAUUCUAUUCUUAAUGCAAAAUUAUCAUUUUUUUAGAUUUUUCUCAUGGACGAUGAUGAAAGAACAAUAUUGUAAAUAUGGCAGUUGUCACUAGAUGCUUAUAAUCAUCAUUGCAAAAACAAGAAUAAAAUGACAGAACUAUGAAAGAUUUCUAAACACUAAAUAGGCAAGAUGCUAACAAGGAACAACAAGAAUAGCAUUAUGCUGACUCUUCUGAUGGGCAUUGUACGGACAAAUGCUCAGACCAAAAUAACUCUUUCCAAAUAGAAUAUACUGUCACCUCUCACAGCUUCUCUGAUUCUGAUCAGUCCAGCUGUUGACAAACUAGUCAGGAUGACAAGAUGAUAAAUCUGAAUACUUUACCAUGUUUAACCCAAGCAAUUUAUUUAAAUCAUGGGUAAUAAUUAAGUCUUUUGUUUGCAGCGUUUUUUUUUUUUUCUUCAUUUGUUGAGGAAUUUCAAAUAAUAUGAGGAUGUUGUAGCAAUAAUAAGACACGGGUAGAAUGGCCCACUUUUAACACCAUACAGCCAUCCAGACUUCUCUCUGUCUUACCUAUUAAUGAAAUAUUUCCCUUUUUCAUUUGUGCUCAGUAGACUGGAGAGAUUCAAGUUUAGAACGCAGUUUAAAAUGAAGAGGGAAUAUUUAAGGAAAUCCCAGGUGGUUUUGUUUGAACAUAAAGUAUUGCUGUCUAAGAACAAGCCUCUUCUGGAGUGUCAAGCUGUUUUUAAUGGCCAUUUAAACAUGUGCAGUUCAUGCAAAGGUAUCUGUGUCACAGUUUUAAUAGGAGAAGAGGACUUGCUGUAGAAGUUUAAAAAAUAGAUAAAUAUUCAAUCAGAUAAAUAUGCAAAAAUAUACAAGAGCUGGGAAAUGCAAGAUUAAAACAAAAUAGGAAGAUACAGGGCAUCUAUAAUGUUUUGAUCCAGGUUUUUCCAUGACAAACAGUCCAGAGCCCACUUAAUUUUUUUUUUUUUUACAUUUUUAAAACACUGAAAAUGACUCAAAUGUUUUUACAAAUAAUUUGUUUUUUUUUUUUUUUUUACAUUUUUUAAUCAAUUUUCAGUACAUACAAAAUGAACCAGAGGAUUUUAUUAUCUGCAAUAACUAACUAAGCUAACAUUAAAGCAAGACUGACGUAAACAUUAAUGUCAGGCCAUGCUAGGGCACUCGAUCAUGGCCCACCAGUGAUUUCCAGUCCAUUGAACAAGAUUUGCUGGAUUGUUGGAUAUUUAGAAUUGAUAAGACAUAUAUUGGGCAUUUAUUGAGAUGGUAUUCUUUAGUGAAAUUUCAGUUAUUGAUUUUUACUAGUUUUACUGUAGCAGGCAAGCUAUCUAACAAGUGUUCCAUGAUGUGCUCUGUGCUACAUCACUUGUCUAGUAUUGCAUGGUGUUUGUGUCUAAACAGAGAGUAAGCUGGGUGGGGUAUCUGAUGAUUCCCUUUGUUAAUCUAAUUUUGACGUACAAUGACUUAACUUUAAUGUGCAAAAAAAUAUACUUUUUUGGCAAUAACUGGAUUUUUUGGGCAUGUUUUGUACACUAAAAGUAAUAUUUGUGCAAUAAAUUGACUUAUUUGUUUGCAAUUAUGUUUACAUUUGUACAGAGUGUUCCAAUUAAUUAUAGUUACAUACACAACUCCAUUAAGAUCAAACAGAAUAAACUGUCUUUUUUCUUUUCAUUCACCCAACUUAUGCUAGUUUACACAAUUUAGGCCAAGCUUGACACUACUACUGAAAAUAUAUUUCAAAUUGGAUUGGUCUGUCUAUUCUUAAUAUUUUUAUUUAUGUGACGAUUAUUCCAUUUUAGCAAAGAAGUAGAAACCUUCGCCCUUUUUUAUUUUCUAGGUUUUUUUUUACAGCCCGCAGGGUUGUUCAAUAAGUUCAAAGUUCAAAUGCUAGAAGCUCUCGCUGAUUGGACGCUUGUACCGUUUUGAAUGUCCCGCCCAUUUUGGACAUAAUUCGGGCGCCAGUGGUCCUGGUCUUUCAACGCUCGUCGGAGUUUUUUCCCUCACAAAUCCGUGCACCAUUCGCCUACAGCUUUAGUUAAAACUCAAGUAUGUCCAUCUUCAGCAUUGUGGAGUUUCAAGAUGAAGAAACAUGUCAAGGACAGCGCCUUGUGGAUAUAAUUCCAUCAUGUUGGUUCACAGAUGAGAACAACACCGAUUGUUUUUGGCCUUCGGGCUUGAGUAUCAAUGUCACUAAAGCCGUGAAGCAGCAAGUCCACCCAGAUGCCUCGUGGAAGACAUGCUGUGUGAGAGUACUUGGACAUGCAGAUACAUAUUCAGAUGCAAGACGGAAACUUGUGCGAGCGGAGACUGCAUCUGAUCUUCAAACUGACCAUGACAUUCCGAAAAAACGCCAAAAAAGGCCAUUCAAAAAACCCCAAGUUCUUUCAAGCGAAGAUGAGACUGACAUAAGCGACAAGGACGAACUGCCUCCUUCUCCUCCACAUGGUUUGGGUAGAAAAAAAGUCCUAGUCUAUAAACCCCAACUCACCCCUAGAGCUAGCGGUUCUGGGGAGGUUCUGAAUGAUCAAAGUCCCAGGAUGGCUCCCAGAGCCAGAAGCACCAUCAUUAAUCCCAGAGUCCAAAACCCAAAUAUGACCCCCAAUAUCCACAUCCCCAGUCUGGACUCAAGUGUUCAAAGCCCCAAUGCCACUUCAAGUGUAAGCAAGACUCCAUCCUUCACUAGCAGCAAUGAACAUGGUCCAAUGUUUGUAAAGUUGCUAACCUUACUUGAAGAAGUCAAGGACACUCAAAGGCAACAUGGGAAAAUGCUGAACGCAUUGCUACAGCAAAAAGCAGCGGUGCCAAUCUCACAACCUCCUGAGGGUGCCGUUUUUCCAAUGACAACAACUGAAGAUGUCGAGGCCAUGAACGAGAAACUGGCCGAUACAGAGUUCAUGUCAGCAGUCGUUGCCAUGGUUGGAGACAUUGGGGGCUCUUCUCUGGACGAUGCAACGAGAAGGAUGAUGGGCUUCCUGAUGUCCAACGAGUUGGCUCUUCAAUACAACCUAUUUGGACGUCAUGGAAAGAACAAGUUCCGCCAGCUGCGUCUUUUUGACCUAUUUUAUGGGGCAGUGAAGAAAAAUUCAAUCACGCGCUCCGUCAGCCAAAAGGAAGUGGAGAAGGCCCUCUCCAAAUGGUUUAUUGGAGCUCGUGACAGGGGGGGAAACCGUGCUCUACGGGCUCAACGAGAGCUACAAAAACAACCUGAUGGAGCUUUCUCUCAGGAACAGUAGGAUGCUAUGUGGAUUUUGUUCUACAGCUGUCCCUGGAUUGAUUUUUUUUGGUCACAUAAUUGGCACGUAUUAAGGUUACUGAUAUUGUUCUGUGUCAAGUAAAACAGUUAUUUAUAAUGUUAAGUUAAUUUCCUGUUUGAUAUCUACCAUGUGUCCAGUUGUUACUCAUAUUGACCUUGUCAUGGUCUUGUAUUAUUUUAUUCACUAUGCA